ACAAAAAUUAACGGGAGCCAACCGUAUCUAUGUACGUACACGGGUCACUGAGUCCGGGGUCGACCCUCGGAUCUAUAUACCUUUAAUAGUGGGAUAUGUGAAAAGAUAUCGGUAUAAACAAUAUAUUCGCAGUUGGACUGAGCGGCUAAAAUACGCACUACACCAUCACUUAGUCACAGUGAGGAAUUAAACCUGAGGACUCAACUUAGACAGUUCGACAAGUGUCCUGAUGAAAAGAAGUGAGUGAAGAAAGAUGUCGGAAAGCUGUUCACUGCCUGCUCUGUGAUUUCACUAUAUACGGGAGUUUACGUGACGAGUCUUAAGAUGUCGCAGAAUGUAGACAGAGUGAUUGAGGUGAUCUCCAAGGAUACCGGAAGUCGUCAGGAUUACGAGAUCGAGGCUAUAGCGCCCUGGCUUCGGAAGAGAAGUCAGCUGUUGCAAGGUGUAGAAAAAGCCGUACUCUACGACAUCUUGAGGAACUGUUACCACCAGCGUUCUCAGAAAGAUGACGUCAUCAUCCGCCAGUGUGAAAUCGGUGAAACUUUUUACAUCAUCCUUCGCGGCACGGUGUCUGUGUACAUCGACUCCCAGAUGAGCGGAGAGGACAGCAUACCCACGGUCGGGGCUCCUGUUAAGGGCGUAGAGAUAGACAGGCAGUCUAAGAGGCGGAAGGCUCCUGCCAAACCUCAGUCCCCGGUCAAGAACAUCAGCGGAGCACACAGGGCCAAGUUUGGAAAAUUCAUCGUUAAAUUUGAGCCGGGAAAGAGUUUUGGUGAGAUAGCUCUGCUAACCAAGGGAAGCAUCAGAAACGCUUCCAUUAUCGUUGACGAAGAAACAGAUUUUUUGGUCGUGCAUAGAGAUCUCUUCAACCGAUGUCUCAAGGAACACGAAGAGCGCGAGUUCGCGGCGAUCCGGGAUUUCGUGGACACGCAUCCAUUCUUCGGCCAAUGGCAGCGUCGCUUGAAGCGCUUCUUGGAGAUGAGCGUGAGGAAGGAAGUUUACGAGUACAACUCUGUUAUCGUCAAACAAGGGGAACCAGUCACAGCCUUGUACUUUAUAUAUCGGGGACAGGCCAAAGUUUUGAUUGAUCCGACGAAACAUAAGAAUCAGUACCGUCGAUUGUGGCCGUUCGAAGCCGUUUCAGAUUUGUAUGCCCAAGAGUUUGAGUGGUUAAGAGAAGCGCGGAAGCAGGCAAUUGCUAAGAAAUAUAGUCAGGAUCCAACUGUCCUUCAGACAAAAAACGAGAACUUACUAGUCCGUCGAUCAGAGGGAUACGCGGCUGCUGAGAAACUUAUUCAUGGGAGAACGAUAACUCUGUGCACUGUGAACAAUAUGGAGGUCAUAGGUGACGCAGAGGUCAUCUCCAAACUGGACACCUACAUGCAAACUGUCGUCUGCACAUCCGGUACCCAAGUCUACAUCCUGGACAUGAAAAAUUAUGAAAGAUUAGUGCUUAAAAAGAACCCUGCCACUCUUCAGGUGAUAAAAGAUAUUGUGAGUGACAAACUUUUCGGUAGGAUGAGCUCUCAUCAAGGAAAGCAAAUUCCUCUUUUAAAAUACCUUCAUUUUAAACUCAACGAGGAAAAUUACCAGUCUUCCAAAGAGUUACCUCCCUUAAAAACCACAAAGACUCUUCCUGAUUCCGAGCUGCUGCAAAAGUAUUUGGUGAAGGCCUUUGUUGAAGGUAAAUCUCAGAUCUGUGAGCCUCAUGUACCAGGCAUGACAUAUUACAGAGAGCUAAUGCAAGAUAAAGCCAGAAUCAGAGAGAACAUCCGGACAAACCAAGGUAUAAAGCGCCAUCGGGAAAAACUUUACUCAGAAAAACUUAAGAACAGAAAACCUCGUAGUUCUGCAGCCCUAAAAGAUGCGCUAAACCUGAUGGAAGAAGACGACAUGGUAGCUUGGAGAGAACAGAUCGGAAAAGAUUUCCUAGAAAUGAUUGUUCCUCCCUCUAAAAACAUUUCAAAGGGGAAAGAAACUUCCCACACUGGGAAAGGCUUACAAAACUAUAAAGGUGAAAAGAAGCCACAAAAUCUGACCUUCCAUUUUGCCUCUCAGGAGAAUGCCAAAGCGGGUUCCCAGUCACCCACGAGUGUUGAAAUCCCUGCGGAUGAACCAAACGUGACGUCUGUUCUGAACAAGCCUUUACCUCCUGAGAUGAACCAAAAUGAAAAUGAACCAAUCUCUGCGACUAACUGUGAAGAAUUGAAUCAAAGAGGAGAAAACAGUGAAAUUUUGGAACAAAAAGAAAUGCAGGCGGAGACGAAUCCCGAUACUGAAUUCUCUGAGAAAACGGAGGGGCAAGACGCCGAUGAUCCGAAAGCUAGGCAAAGUAAGAGCAAGCAAAAUAAGACCGUCAUGGUGACGCAUCUGACAACCAUCCGAGAGGAGAGUUAUAUACACCCAGAGCCCGAUGAGUCGCUUGUGGAACAUCGGUCAGAGACGGAGCAGACAGAAGCGACACUGUCUACAGAGCCAGUGCUUCACAAAGAGAAGCGCGGCGAGGAAACGACAGCGACUGAUGAACAAGUAAUGGUGCGUGCGGAAGAUGAGCAUGAUGAGGUCACAACUAGAGCUGUUUCGCCACAAGAGACUAACGAGAACUUUGGGGCGCGUAGACCCGCACCUGAUGUUAAUGGUGAGACACCCGUGGAGGAAAAUGUGUCUGCAGGGGCCCGUGCAUGGAGUCUAACGCGACAAUUCGUGCAGCAGAAGAUCGAGAGGAAGAAGCAAGAAAGCACGUUGUUUGACGACCGCUACACGGAGUACAAGGAUUACGAGACGAGUGAGAGGACGCUGACAUUCCUUGAGAACCGUCUAAAAGCCUUUCACCUUAAGUACAGCACAAGCAGACGACCAAUUAAACUACCGAAGCUGAGGCGGUUCAGAGUCGAACAGGACGAAUUAUACAAGUCCAUGAGGAAAGGUGGUCGCGUGAGAAUUAAGCGGCGCGCUUGCGAACUCAGCCAAACAGAAUACAAGAUAAAGGACCAUCAGCACGUGCACUAUCACAUGGUUCCAAAAAUUGUUGAAGUUCAGGACAUGAGAAAGACUCGGAUGGUGAUGCAGUUUAUUGUUGAUAACCCUGCGAGAAGAGAAACUGGAGAUAUGUUUGUGAUUCCAACGGGGAAUAACAGUGACCGAUAGGAUCAUGAAUAAUCACAGUGGUAACCAUUCCAUUCUACGCAAACUGCUGGUACUACCAACGAUUUGUUUUGUACCAGCAAAUGUACAUGUCACAAAUGAAAGACUUUCACGGAAUUCCUUAGAUGAAGUAUCCACAAAUAGAAAGAAUGGUCUAG